GUUGCAAAGUGCGGAACGGAUCGUUAUUUACCUGUGCUCGCCAUCUUCGGGUGGGAUAUUUUGAUACGUUGUGGUUUGUGUGCGGCGCUUUACUUUUGAAUUGAUGUUGUGCCCUGGGAGUGAAUAAGUGCGUGACUAUGACUUCGAACAACCAAAGAUUGCCGACUGCGGAGCGGAUCGUUAAAAGCGUUCCGUUCCCGCCCAGCCACAAGCUGACCUGCGCCGAGGUGUUUGACCCCGACUCGGGCAAGCCGCGACCCGAGGCGUUGAAGCAGCACUUCGUGCUGGAGGGCCGCAUCGAGGAGUCGGCCGCGCUGCGCAUCAUCAACGACGGCGCCUCGCUGCUGCGCUCCGAGAAGACCAUGAUCGACAUCGAGGCGCCCGUCACAGUGUGCGGUGACAUCCACGGCCAGUUUUACGACCUGAUGAAGCUGUUCGAGGUCGGUGGGCCGCCGUCCAGCACAAAGUACCUGUUCCUCGGCGACUACGUGGACAGGGGAUACUUUAGUAUAGAGUGCGUGUUGUAUCUAUGGUCAUUGAAGUUGAACCAUCCGACGACACUGUACCUGCUCCGCGGAAACCACGAGUGCAGACAUCUCACCGAGUACUUCACAUUCAAACAGGAGUGCAAGAUGAAGUACACCGAGCGGGUGUACGACGCCUGCAUGGAGGCCUUCGACUGCCUGCCGCUGGCGGCGCUGAUGAACCAGCAGUUCCUCUGCGUCCACGGCGGCCUCUCGCCAGAGAUACACACGUUAGACGACAUACGCAAGCUGGAUCGCUUCAAGGAGCCUCCGGCGUUCGGUCCCAUGUGUGACCUGCUGUGGUCGGACCCGUUGGAGGACUUCGGUAACGAGCGCAACUCCGAACACUUCACCCACAACAGCGUGCGCGGCUGCUCGUACUUCUACAGCUACGCCGCCUGCUGCGACUUCCUGCAGCAGAACAAUCUGCUGUCCAUCAUCCGGGCUCAUGAGGCGCAGGACGCCGGGUGAGUCAGCUGUCCCUGGGC